CUGUAUUUGUGACGUCACACGCCAUGCUGUCCGCUGCUUUUGUUGUUAAACAGAGACUAUUAACAAAAAUAUUGAAAGAUAAACCAGAAAAAGUUGGUAUUGCUCAGGAUCUACAAGAUGCCAUUGGUUGUGGUCACCGGAUACCCAUCGAGUGGGAAAACACGAGUGACCGAUAACGUUCGACAAUUCUUUCAAAAGCAAGGCAAAGUUGUGACCAUUGUUUCUGAAAAUGAGAUACUAAAAGAAAACAAGAACUCGAUACUUUCUGAUUCGCUCCAAGAGAAACGCAUCCGUGGGACAAUGAAAUCUGAAGUCACCCGUUUGAUCCAUGGGGAUCAUGUGGUGAUUCUUGAUGCCCUGAAUUACAUCAAAGGCUUCCGAUAUGAGCUAUACUGUGUAAGUAAAGCCAGCAAAACCACUCAAUGCACGAUACAUUGUGACGUGAGCCCCGAAGAUGCUUGGCAAUGGAAUCAAGAGCGAUCGCCCGAAGAUCGUUAUGAUAAGGACGUGUUUGAUGCUCUUGUUAUGAGAUACGAAGCUCCCAUGGGCCACAAUCGAUGGGACGCUCCUCUUCUCCUGCAUCUCAAGGACAUCCCAUUAGUCAUGGAACAUGUAAAUGAAGCUUUGUUCCAACGUAAGGCUCCGCCACCGAAUCAGUCCACCCAAUGCCAACCCAUGUCAACAACGAACUUUGUCCAUGAACUCAAUCGAAUCACGAAAGAAAUCAAUUUGGCCAUUUUAGACGCACAGAAAUCCGGAGCGAUGGAGGGCGACUCGAUAACAUUGCCUGGAACAAGUGAAAAGUUCAUAUUAUGUAAAGUGCUCACCAUGUCCGAAUUAGCUCGCGUUAAAAGACAAUUCAUCACUUACAUCAAAGCCAGAGCUAUCGAAGAUUUGCAAAAAAUGGCGACCAUGUUUGUCCAAUAUCUCAACACCUCAUUAGUAACGUGAACUGUGAUCUUCGAAUUUGUUUAGGAGUCUUUGGCAUUUGCAAAUAAUGACUCAACUCAUUUUCCUUGUUUCAAAUAUCCCUGUAUUGGCGUGCAUUAUAAGAAGCUUACAACAUACGAUACCUGCCAAUGCAAAAUUUAUCAUUAAAUGCUCGUACCGGA